AUGUGGCACCUUGUUCGGAUACUCGCUGCGUCGCGCCUUUGGUUCAGCGAUGGCAAUCCUCUGGAGGCCACUCGAGGUAGUCAGGGGACUUCAUCUCGUCUGAUUGUUGACCGCCAUGGAUUUCUCGACAUCACCGAGGUGCAUUCAGCAAAUGCAAUGGCCCUGGAUGCAAAUGGGGCAACUCUCUGGUUGAAGAGGCGCGGAGUGGAUGGUGGCUUUACUUGUCCAUCAUUGCAAAACGGCUCAUACCUACUGAAUCUGUCUCUUCAAAUUGGCAAUGAUGGUGGCAGUUUCACACUUGGCCUUAUCCAAGUGCCAGAUAUAAUCACAGCUUGUUAUAGUAUUUCGACGCAAGUGUCCGGUGUGUUGAAGCCUUUGCCCGACAUCUCCACCGAGGAUGUGGCGUUUAUCAGCAAGAUGAUUAGCAACAAAUUUGUGCCAUAUCAAAACAUUCCGCAUGAGCAUCCAAAGUCUUUCGCGCAGAUUAGGGCUUUGGGAAGACAAUACUUUCCCUUCACCCCCUAUAGCUUUGAGCUCGCCAUGUGUGUUUACGACUGGACGACGGCGUCCUUUGCGCGCAUGGUCUUGUUCAAGAUCUUCCAGUACACGGAUAUCGAUUCCGGAAUUGCUACUCUUCCUCAUCCGUUGGAUCGCGAGAGCCUUUCUAUUAAAAUUUGGCAGAGCAACUUCUCCGCAUACACGCCAAAGGACCCGGCUUUCAUGCGGACCUUUUUGAUGGAGCCCGCACACUCACUAGAUCAUCUCAAGGCGCAGUUUGACGAGGUCGUGGAUGACGUUUACAGGUUUAGCGAGAUCGAAAACCGCCUCCUUGCUGCAGCUGCGCGAUCUUUGCCUCGGACAUCGCUUGCGUCUAAGGCGCAGCUGUUUAGCGGGCAGGUUGAUCUUCACCAGCUCAGUACAAAACAUUUCGGCAUCGAGUUCUACGAAUGCCCCUUGAAUUCGGGUCCCAUCGGCACUCAGCUUGCACACUCACUGACCGAUGCGCUGGCUAGCUACUUGUCUGUGGGAAAGACCAUCACGACGAAGAUGACUUGGAGCUUUACGGAUAGCCUCGAUGUUGCGAUGAGGUAUUCCAACGGAAUAGUUCUUGCGCUGAACCCGCCGUCUGAUGCGUGGCUAUGGGAUGAUCUGCCGUUCAUCACGCCCCUGUCGGAUGAUCCACGCAAGUUAGAGUAUAUCGCUUCCCCAGGUACUCAAUUUGAGAUUGUGUCUCUUCAUCAGGCUGACGUCUCGGGCGAGACCGUAACUGUUAUUGGUCUGAAACCCGUUUCGAGACGAGAUAGGCGGUUGACGGUUCAAGGGUGA